AUGGCCAAAUCUACACGCCAGGCCUGGCUAUUGUUGAUGCGCCACAGCCUAACACGCCCCUCGGAGGAGGCAAACAACUUGCAAGUCGCAAUCGACGUAUCCGGCAAUGGCCAACUACCAUGGCCAGCAUCAACCGAACCCGAUUCGCCCACCCGCUUCCAUGAGAUCACAAUCUUCUUAACCUCCGAGUCGCACAACUUCACCAUAUCUAAUGGCACAACGCCCGUGUCUAACACAAGCUACGUCGGUCCCGUUUUGGACUUGGAGCCCUCAUCCACCGUCAAACAUGUGAACUGGAUUUGGCCCGACUGCCUCGUGGGAGACGGCUCUGGCUCCGAUGACUCGGCGCGUGGAGCAUACAAUAUCUCCAUGCAUCAAUCUUUCCGCUGGAAUGACACGGACUAUUAUACUGUCUUUGAUCUGCCAAUCUCUGUCACCAACAGUAUACCCGAGAGUGACGACCGGAUCGACUGCGAUCUGCUGGAAAACAAGCUUCUUAGCGCGGCGGAGAUCGGCGAGAGCUCGGAUUCGCUGCCUGGGCAGCCUUGGGUUGAGGGUGGAGCGAGUACAACGGUAUCGAGUCCCGAGGCAACCCCCACAGGUGCGGGUAGUCGGAGUCAUUCGGGUUUCAAGAGAGUAGCUGGUAUUGCGAUUGCUGCGACGGCACUUUUGCAUUUCCUGGGUUGA